AAGUGAAAAUCAAUUUUUCAUGGAUGAACUGACGAUUAGCAUAUUAUCAGUGCAUUUUAAAUAUACUAAAGCUACAAAGAAUGUGUUGGUGGUGCAAAUGCGAUUCACCAAACUUGGCUUUUUAAUUUGCAUCGGUGGUUCACUUUACUGUUGCAUUGGAUUUUGUUGUCUAUUUUUGCUAAGACAGAGGCAUUGUCCACUUUGUUAUAAAAAGGAUUUCGAGAAAGUUGCUCGAGUUCGAAGACGAAUUCAAUGCUUAGUUGAUGAUAAAUCUGAACUGUAUGUCACAGGUCAAACAUCCUAUACGGAUAUACUGGACCUGAAUGUAUAUUAUCGAUUAGUGAAUAUCCUAAACGUUUGUACGGAAAAUCACGCAACGCUGAAUGUGACAAAUGAGUAUUCGAAAAAUUACGUUGAAAGAGCAGAAACAGCAACAGCUAUACUAUUUAUGACAGCUAGAACAAUAUCGGAUUUUAUCACAUAUUUACUAAUAUAUUACAAAGAUAUAUGCAUUGAAUGGAUUACAAUGCCACUUUGGCCGCUCGUGUACAUUCACAUAUUAACCUAUGGACACAAAAAAAAGGAUGGUAGGAAGUUAAGGUAA